AUAUGCAACUGUUUAUUAUAUCUCCGAUACUAAUCCUAUUCCUCGCGAGUAAUGACAUAAAUUGUAUCACAACCGGCAUAAUAACUGUACAGAAAGGACUUACACCCACUAAACUGAACAUUACAUUAUGGGUACUAUCGGUGACGUUAAACCUGUGCAUAACAUUUCUGACGUGGCCCUGGCUAUUGGGUAACAGUUAUCACAACACGGCGAGUGUGCUCUAUGGGGCCACCCAUAGGACCCUAUGGGCCCUGAGCUGGUCAUACAUACUGUUUGCCUGCGCCACAGGACACGGCUCUAUCGUCAAUACAGUGCUCUCGUGGAAAGCGUUGGUGCCGUUGAGUCGGCUAUCAUUUCAGGCCUAUCUCUACCACUCGGUGCUUAUCUCCCGGUUCGUGUACGACGCCCGACAACCUCUCUAUUCAUCCAAAGUAACCUUGGCAUACAUAUAUGAAAUGAUGAAGAUG